AUCACUAAAAGCAAAAAAGAUAGGUCUAUCUUCACCGAAAUAUAUAUGGAACAAAUAAGGGUACAAAAGGGUAAAAAUUUCUCCCUCCUCUAUCCCUUGCAAUCCAAGUUGCAGGGGGUUAACAUUUCUGGGGUUUGCCAGGGGGAGAAACAUCAUGAGCUCCGGGAGUAGGCAAGCCCAGAAUGGUGGUUCCAACCCGACAAACUCACCAGUGCCACGAAUAACCUCCUUCCAACCUGCUGAUGCAGGUGCUCGGACAACAGAUCCAUGGCAGUUAUUCGAGGAAAGAGUGAGAUGGGGACCCUAUGGCUUAAGAGGUUUCCCUGGGCAGUCUCUUUCUCCACUACUUCUCCUGGAUGGUGAAAUAUCAGGGGUUAACCAUCUACCAAGGCAGUUCGUCCGAGAAUUUCCUCCAAGGAGAAGAGGUCAAUGGAAUGUUUAUCCAGAGGAAGAACCUAACCUGACCCAAGAGCAGCAAAGGAAGGCCUUAAAGGAAUUGAAGAAGCAUGUAUACAACCCUGCCAGGAACAUACCAAGGAGAUGGAGUUUCUACAACAGAGAAAAUCCCAGUAAUAGCACCCAUUUGAAGGAAGAAGGGAGAGAUGAUGAUGGUAAGGGAUGUCCAAUUUGCUUAGAAGACUUUGUUCCCAAUGAGGAGGUACUAAUGACUCCAUGCAACCAUAUGUUCCACGAUGUGUGCAUCCGCCCAUGGGUAAAGAGCCAUGGUAAGUGCCCAGUAUGUAGGUUCACACUUUGCGACAUGGGCAGGAGAGCUUCAUCCCCAAACGAUCCCAUCAGGCUUAGGAAUGAUAUCAUGCCAGGAGAACUUCUCUCUCUUGUCAGGGCAGUGGAAGAGACCUUUGAGUGGUUGACUGUCCCUCGCUAAUAUAUAAUGAAAUCAAAGGGAGGAAGCCCUUAAUCAGAAUUGUUGGUGCUGUUUGUUACUAACAAGUAUACUGUCUUCAAAUUUGAGACAAAUUUCUCUUAUGCUUAAACUGAAAGAUCAUAAUACUAUAUAUGUUAUGGAUUUACUCUUAAAAGAGCCAUACAAGUUUGAGGUUUGAAGGAGCAUCCAAUAGAGUUUUUUCUCCGAACGAAAACUGGGUUACAUAGAUACUCUUAUAAGGCUGUCAAUUGAUCCAAAGAGAUCCCAAGGUUCCAAGCUAAUGGACAAUGAUUUAGCUCCCUCUGCA